CUUGCCCGCGGGACUCCACGUCCCGGCGCGCCCUGCGCGGUUCCCAUGGCGACGGGGAGCCGGGCCGGCGCGCCGAAGCGCAAUGCCCGCGGGCAGCGAUACUUUAUGGGAUAUUGCUGUAGCUGAAGUGGAGAAAAGAGAAAACCCUGAAGGCGAUGGCGAGGGAGUGGAAGUUUCGGAAAAAUCAGUGUUAUUUAUGGGAAGCAAAAGUGGGGGAAAAUCUACUAUAAUAUUGAGGUGUCUUGACAGGGAAGAGAUUUCAAAACCAACAUUAGCCUUGGAAUAUACUUUUGGAAGAAGAGCAAGGAGACACAAUGCACCUAAAGAUAUAGCUCAUUUUUGGGAACUCGGUGGUGGAACCUCAUUAAUGGAACUGAUUCGAAUACCAAUCACCAGCAGCAACAUAAGGGCAUUUGCUAUAGUUCUUGUAUUGGAUCUGUCCAAACCUAACGAACUCUGGACUACCAUGGAAAGUCUUCUGCAGGUCACCAGGAACCACGUGAACAAAAUUCUAACCAAACUGGGAAAGACAAAUCCUGAAGUACCUACUGAGAUUAAACAGAGGAUGUGGAACAAUCUACAGAAGGAUCAUCCAGAUUAUGAGUUAGUUGACCCUUUUCCAUUACCUCUGGUGAUAAUUGGAAGCAAAUAUGAUAUCUUUCAUGAGUUUGACUCUGAAAUGAGGAAAAUAAUAAGCAAGACACUUCGAUUUGUUUCACAUUAUUAUGGAGCAUCAUUAGUGUUUACCAGUAAAUCUGAGGCUCUCCUGCUGAAAGCUCGUGUUCUUAUUAAUAACUUGGCAUUCGGCUUUGAUAAAAGUAAGUCUGUAUCGGUGGAUCAUAGCAGACCUCUGUUUAUACCAGCAGGCUUGGAUUCGCUGAACCAAAUAGGACCACCACCCACAUCUGAUAGCAAUAUUGGAAAACUGCAUGCAAAUACACCGUUGGAAUUGUGGAAAAAAGUAUUUGAGAAAACAUUUCCUCCCAAGAGUUUCUGUGAUUUACAGUAUACCAAGGACCCUGCGCAGGAUCUGCAAUAUGCUGAGUAUGAAGUUGAUGUCAUGAGAGCUCAGAAAAACCAGGAACUUGACCAAUAUAAGAAAAAUGCCUCUAAAACCUGGAAAGAAAUGGAUUUUGAUCCUGACUGAUGAACUGCUAUAGCUGUCUUCAGUUUAACAUGUACAAAAUCAUUUUUUUAAGCAUUAUAUGACCAGUUUAAUUUGAUGCAGUUAAAAAUGUACAAUAUCAAACUACAAAAUUAACAAAGUAUUUAUUAAGCAUUCUUGUUACUAUUUUUAUUAAAGUACAUCAGUUUAUUAGUUCAGUCCAAAUUAAAGUAUGCCUUGGUAGUGACACACAGUUUAAAAAAAAGUGGAAGGAGAGGAGAAUUCCAGAUUUUUCAGAGACGGGUUUGAGUAUGAAGACUGGCAUUAGUUACUCCUACCUAUAAUUUAUAACAAAUUAUGUUACUCAGUUUUGAAUGAUUUUUAUUUUAAAUAUGCAUUUAAAUGUAAACAAUUUUUCACAGCCAAAGAAUGAAACUACAUGCUUAAGUAUGCUAGGCAUCUUUUCCCAGUUCCCUGCAUAUAUAAUUCAAAGGCAAAACUUAACACUAUAUUUGGACCAUAGUUUGAUAAAUUUGAAUAUGAUACUUGCACAAAAGGUGGCAGAAUAAAACAAAUUAAAAUCAUGUUUGCCUGACUUUUCUGAACUUCAGAACUUUCCUUUUUCUCAGUUUCAGUAUCAUACAGUUUAAUAUGGCAAUUACAUAUUUCUUCCACUGUAUAAAGUUUUGAUAGUUUUACACAGAAUUGGAAAGAAAACAUUCUGUCAAAUAUUCAAACGCUAGGAUAAUCAUUCUGAUCAACUUGACAGAUAUUUGGUUAAUGGUAGAAGUAUAAUUGAUUUGCAUUUAGCUUAAAUUACAAAAUCUAGCCUUUUGUCCAUAGGUAUCUUCCAUAGAAUCAGCCGGACUGAGUCCCUUGAGAAUAAGCAAGAUAGAUCUGGAUUACAGUUAGUGGUAUCUCCUGAGAGCUAAGAGCUGUUGUCAGGGUACAUAUCUGAACAGUCACUUGACAGAUUAGAUGAUAAGACUGUUAAAAAUAACAACUUUCCCAUUUUCAUGCUGAUUAAGUUUUUCAUCUGGGAACAAAAAUGUUUGUUUGUUUGUUUCAGAUGCAACACCUGUGUCUUGGAAUAACAUAUAAAGAUAGCAGAAUGAAAUCUUGUCCUCCUAGUUAAGUGGAAAACUUGCAUUGACUUCCUUGCAGUGAGGAUUUCAUACUCUUUCUUAAAAGAAAGUACAAUUUCAAAACUACCAAAUUAAUUAUAUUAUUAUGGGAUUUUAAGAUGUAAGUGUACUUAACUCUAUGCAGUAAUCUGUAUCUGCUCCCCUUUAAUAAAUAACUUGUUCGCUGAACAUGAAAA